AUAGUGUAGGCAUGCUAGUUGAAGGGGCCUCUAGAAAGUGUUUAGUCUCAAACCGUAAGCGCAACAGGACAGUUGCCCAGUGAACUUGGCGUGCAUUGAUCUCAAUUGAAGUGACUUGGUAAUAUAGAACUGCUGGUAGUGAGCUCAGUGAGCUAGCAACAAUGCCUGUGGAAAUUAAGAGCGUGCUCGUGUGCGAUGCAGUCGACAAUUCGUGCGUCAAGUUGUUACAAGAUCAUGGAAUUAAAGUGGAUUAUAAGUUGAAGUUAUCGAAGGAUCAGCUUGUCACUGAAGUGAAGGGCUAUGACGCCGUCAUCGUACGUUCCGAUACAAAAAUUACGGCGGAAAUACUGGACGCCGGUUCCGGAAAGCUGAAAGCCGUUGGACGGGCCGGAGCAGGAGUGGACAAUAUUGACAUUGUCGCCGCCACCAGAAAUAACGUUAUCGUCCUGAACGCUCCCGGAGGAAAUUCUAUCUCGGCAUGCGAGCUGACGUGUUUCCUAAUUGGAGCCCUGGCACGACCGUUUUGCCCAGCGGCUAGCAGCAUGAAGGAGGGUCGUUGGGACCGCAAGUUGUACUCGGGAAGUGAGCUCUACGGCAAGACGCUGGCAAUUCUUGGCUUAGGCCGGAUUGGUCGUGAGGUGGGCAUUCGAAUGAACGCGUUUGGUAUGCGAGUAAUCGGGUUUGAUCCGAUUACCACAGCUGAGGAAGCUCGGGCGGCUGGCGUCGAGAAGAUGGAGCUGGAUCAGAUCUGGCCCUUGGCGGAUUACAUUACCGUUCAUACACCGUUGAUUCCGGCGACGAGAAAUCUGAUUUCGGCUACCACGUUGGCCAAAUGUAAGAAAGGGGUACGCGUUGUAAACGUGGCACGUGGCGGCAUUAUUGACGAGGCUGCUCUUUUCGACGCCCUGGAAACUGGUCAAUGCGGUGGAGCAGCUCUCGAUGUAUAUCCGGAGGAGCCACCGAAAUCGGAAGCUAGCAAAAAACUCAUCAAUCAUCCGAAGGUUGUUGCAACGCCCCAUCUAGGAGCCAGUACGUCAGAGGCUCAGGUGCGAGUUGCCGUUGAAGUGGCUGAGCAGUUCAUCGCUCUGACAGGGAAAUCGCCUGUUUACACCCAGUAUGCCGGUGUCGUUAAUCGAGAGGUUUUGAAGAAUGUGUUUUGAAUCGGAUUAGAAGUGCCUAUUUUUAGCAUAGAUAAUGGAUUCAUUUAAUAAGAAGUGUUUUUCUGUAUUUAGUGUACUCAAAAGCGGAUUAAUCCUAUUAGGGUAGUAUUGAACACCAUGGAGAUUAAUUGCUAAUAAACAGGAAUUGCUCUCUCGAGGCAAUUUACAACAAUUUGA